AUGAAGCGACACAGCAUACGAUCUGCAAGGAGUCGAUCUAAGCACUCCACUAGCGCUGCUUAUGGCAAUGUGCAAAGUGAGCAGACGUCAGACAGCAAGAUUAGCGAGCAAACCCAAUCAGGAAAUGAAUUGAGAUUACGAGGUGAACACGACACUAAAAACAAUAGUGCGGCCGUAAAAACUAUUGGUCUUGUAGAUAGAUUUAACUUUGGUUCAUCAUCUGCAUGUAAAUCAAGCUGUUGCAGCACUUGCUCUUGUUCUAGUACCACUUUAAAAACAGUUGUGAAUCACGUGGAACGGCGCCGACCGCCUUAUGGACAUCAUGUACCGUCAGAGAAUAUAACCAAACAUACUGUAGAAUCUGAAAAAAAGGAUAGAAGACGAAGAAGGAGACUAAGUACAAAAAUAAGUUCAAAAUUUCGGAAUGUCAACUACAAAGUGAAAAGGAUUCAAUCAGAACCUUUAAGUAGUAUAGCAACACGUCCAUCUAAAGUGUAUAUAAAUAGAAGCCGAACAAAAGUGACAACCACUGAAAAUGGUAAAAUUGAGAAAGACGAUAAGAAGUAUCCCCAAGGAACGAAAAUUUACUCCAGUAAAAUAGCUAAGAAAACCAAAAAUACACGUCAUAGCGCUACUAAAGAUAUAGAAAAACAAAAACUUUUUGAAAUUAAAAAAGAUUCAUUAUCGUUGUUUAGAGAAAAGUUAAAAAAUGAACACCCUUCUCAUCAAUGUGAAACAGGAUCCUGUCUUGAAGAUAAUUGUUUACCAGAAAAGUGCUUCUACAAGAGUAAUCGUAGGAACUCAAUGGAUACAAAAGGAAAUAAAUAUUAUAGCCACCAUUAUGGCCCAAGAAGAUCUCAUAUUUCAGUGACCAAGAGACUCAGAAAUCCAAAUACAAGAAAAUCACAUGACCAAGUCACAAAUACUUGUAUUCCGAGACAAAAGUCAUUUUCUUCAAUGACUACACUUUCAGUACGAAAUUCCUACACGAGUACAGAUCAUGUUAGAAUAGAACCAAAGAAGGUUGGGCCUAAAUAUCCAAAACAUAAACCUCUUACUCAAAUCGAAUCGGAAAAGACACUAACGUCAGAGUACAUACCGCGCAAGCGAACUGCAUCUGUCAUAUAUUACAAUAGAGGACAUGAAUAUAAAACAACUAGAAACAACCCCUCUCGCUCUUUGAUGAAAAUUCGGGAUAGCCAUACUUUGCAGGCCAUCCCAAAGAUGGAAAUACCAAAGGUAAAGAGACGUGUCACGCGGAGAUCACGAGCACAACUUGCCGUUAUAAAAAGUGAAGAAAAAGCAUGUGAAACCGAUCAUCCCGAUAAAAAGCGAAUGCAAAGUCAAACUGAAAAUAAAUCUGAGUCAACUUCGUCUAGUGCAGGUAUAAAUGACCAAAUUGCAAAAUAUAGACAAAAAUCUAAAGCUUCACCUGCACGAGGAUCCCUUACUAGAGAACUGGAAAAAGAAAAAAGAAUUUAUACAAUUGAUCAACAGAAACCGAUGAUUAAUUUCAAAAGUCGAAAAGUAGAAACAUUUAAAGUUCCAAGAAAAUCUACUUCUUCAAUGACUAAAGCUAAGCCCAUGAAACCAUUAAAACAGGACAAAAGAUAUAAAAUAUUAUAUCACACAGUAAGAACAGAACCGGAAGAGAAAUUAAGUUCAAAACAUAAAUAUACGUCGGGUAGAGAAAAAAUAGCCAAGAAUAACCAAACUAUUAGAACACAAGUAAAGUCAAAGACUAGCCAAGCUCCUCUUUUACCAAUCACCAAUCAAUCUCGCCACAAGAAAAAUGGAUAUGAUUUUGCAAAUUAUGCUGAAAUAUUAUCCAAAUCUAAGCAAGAAUCACCUAUAAAUGUAGGAACUUAUUUAAAUGUAGAAAAUGUUCACCCACAUCGACGACCUGUCAGGAAUGUAUCCAAUUCUGGAUUCUAUAAAAAUAAAUCAAGUAUGGAAGGUGGUGAUCAAGUACAUUCCAAACAUAGAAUGAAACAGAAAGGUGUACAACUUGAGCGUAAACAUCAUGACCAUGGAAUGCAAUAUAUAAGUCUAUCUAUUCGUAACACAGCUUCACAAUCAAGAUCACCCAAAUUUAAAAACAAACAAGUUGGUAACAGCAGGUUAAAACAGUAUUUAUGUUCUUUAAAGCUUUUUCAACAAAAAAGACAAAAGAAAAUACAAGUUGCAUCCAAAAAAACUAUUGCGUCGAUUAAUACCGAAGAAUUAAAAAAAGGUGGUCAUAUAAAACAAACACAAACUAAACAAUUAGGGAUUGCCUUAGUGUCACCACCUCUUACAUCGAUCCGAGGUCCACAAGAACCAUGCGAGCCAUUUUUUUGUACUCCUGGAGAGUGUAAUCCACAUGAUUGCGCAGAAAGAAGAAAAUUGAGAAACCAGGCUAGACGCUCUAAAGUCACAAAUACUAUUCCUAUAUCAAAAAGGUCAUCAGCGGUAACAACUCGGCCACUUUCUAAAUCGAUUACAAGAAAAAUACAGUCCGACGAAAAUCGACACAGAAAAGAAAAAGGGAACAACUUCAAUCCAUCGAAAAUAAAACCCCGAGCAUUAACCUCUAAAUCAAGGCCAAAAUUUUACUAUGCUGACACUUUGGAAUCAAAUUUAGCGGGACACUAUAAGCUUAAAUCCGACGAAAUGGGAGACGUAUUAUACACAAAAACACAAAACAACCAUGUUGGUAAAGGUAAAAAUCGACCUAUACGUAUAAAACCUCAUGUUAAUACAAGAAUGGGAGUUAACAAUGACGUGGACCGACAUAGAAAUCAUGAGAUACAUAAUCAAACAUUUUUAUCGAAAUAUUUUCGGUCAUUGUUCAAGAAAGAGAAAUAUAACGUAAACGAAUCGGUUCUGAAAAAAAACCAUCCAGCUAAUCCUUCACGAAAAGCUCACUUCGGAUCUGAUUUACUUAUUGACGCAAAAUUUUUAAAACAAGCAAACCAUGGUGAUUAUUUUGCUAGGAACGAUAAACCACAGAGAUUGAUAAACAACCGUCAUAUUCGGAAUACACGCUCACAAGUGCAUUAUAAAACUCAAAGUAGAGCUACGGGUUUAACAAAAUUAUUAAGACGGUGUUUUCGUACAGCAAACAUGCAAUAUGAAGUUCAAAAACAAAUUGAAUCUCAAAAAGUGAUAAAUAAUUUGAAUCACAAUCGCCUGAUAGUUAAAAAUGCUAAAACGAUAAGGCAAUUGAAACAACGUGACAGUGCUACGAGAAGGAAUAUAUAUAAUAUUAUUACCAAGGACGAAUACAGCAAAGACAAUUUCAAAGAAAGAAAGUGUCAAAGUACAAGAACUUACAGGCAAAUAUAUCGAAACAGUCAAACUAUUGGUAUAAAUUAUCCAAAAUAUAAUGCUACAUCAAAUCUAUCGGAAAGAAGUCGUACUUUCCAACCAAAUAUAAAAUAUAAAUCAAGAGAAUGGCUACCUUACACCAACUAUUGCGUUUUACGAUGUGAAAAUACACAGAACACUAGAUUUUUUAAAUUUGGUACUAAGUUCGGGAUGAGCAUAGAUUAUCCCAGAAAUAAUUAUAAUAGCACUAGUCCUGGUACGACAGUGGACAAAUGUAAUCAAUUACAAAUAGGUGAUGGAUAUGGUUCAGCGGUAAGAGACCGCUCGUGUAAAGAUGAAGCUGAAAUGAGUUGUCCAGGAAGAGCUUCAAAAAAAAGUCAAAUAGAAGUUGAUUGUAUAGAUAAGAGCAUUGGUGAACAUCAAGUAGACUCUAAAAACACUCAAUUUAAAAGAAAGAGGAAUACUAGAUCAAAAUCAAUAACUACAAGCCAUGGCACUUGUACUCAACAACAAAAUAUAAACAGAACUAGCCCAAAAAUUAUAUUAGAAGACAAGGGGGGUGGUAUUAUAAAAGUCACUCAAACAGAUAAAGAAGUGGAGACUAUAAUGCCCUACUCAAAGAAAAAAUUUAAUAAACAAGAGAGUAAAACUAAAUUGUCACAUCACUCAACUAACACAGCAAGAUUAAAAGAGCAAAAAAGAUACGAAAACUUCAUGAUCAAUAAAAAUGAUCGCAACGCAACGCGGGAUAAUACUGUUGCUAAUCGCAACGCCACGCAAGAUGAUAAUGAUGAAACUCCUAAACGAGGCUGGAGAACCUCUAAACGGAAACCGAAAGAACAAAAUGAGACCAAUGAGCCGCUUUCAGAAAAUGUGAACCAAAAGGAUAAUAUUAUUGUUAUUAUUGGCAAAGAUAAUGAGCGAGAGCCUCGAGAACGUUCUGAAUCGGCAGGAAAAUGGACAUUACAAAAAGACCGACCAAAACAAAGUGAUGCUGAAGCAAGGCGUAAGGCAAAGCAGCAGCGAAAAGAAAAUAUGGCAAAACGCAUUCCAGAUGAUGAUGAUGAUGAUGACGAUAGCGAAGAAAGAUCUCGUUUUGAACGAAUCAAGAGAGCCUUUAAACGAAAACUGAGAGAUAAAGAUGAUACCGACAAGUCCCUUUCUGAAAAUGUGCCUCCAAAAGGUAAUAUUACUGUUGCGGACAAAGAGGAAAAGCGUCCACGCUCCGAUCGCUAUACUCCACUAGGAAUUUGGAAACGUAGAAAUGAAAAAAAAGAGGUGCAAGAACAACCUAGAGAACGAGAUAAGAUUGUUAUUAUACAUCCUCACGCAACGCAGGAUGAUGUUGCUAAAUAUCGCGAAUCAACAAAAGAUAAUAUUGAUGAAUCUCGUAUUGAACUGAUCAGGAGAGCCUUGAGACGUAGAACGAGAGAACACGCUCAGCCACAGGCUGCGCCAGAGCCUGAGCCAGCGAAGCCGCUUUUUGAACUGAUGAUCCAAAAAAAUAAUAUGAGUAUAUUGAACCCACAAGAAGUACUGCCCAUGUUGAAUAAGGGUCCCGUUCAACGCGGUACUGCUUCCGCACCACCGAGUCGCACACAAGGUACUCCAAGAGCGCCCGCAACGCAGCCUGAACAAGGUUAUGAUUAUCGUAUUGAACUGAUCAAGAAAAUUUUGGGAAUUCAAUCAAAAAUAACUGAUAAACAAAAGCCGGCUUUCGAAAUGGUGGUUAAUAAAAAUAAAAUGGUAGUAAUGAACAAAGAUGAAGUGUUUCCCGUUUUGGAUUCACCAGAAAAACGUUCCAAACGUCAAAAAGAGGAUCCGUCUAAUCCACCGGCUAUGGAAUUACACGUUGACAGAACUACCGCCAGUAUAGUCAAUGCCGAUGAAAUUAUUAAUAAGUUGAAGGUGGAAAGACAACGACAAAUGAUGAUAAAACACAAAGGCGGUCCAGUAUCUUAUAGUGAAGGCGAAGCUUUAUUAAAACUGCAUGGUAAGUCAUGCAACUGUUGCUUUUGUCGCAAAUAUAAAGAACAAAAUAAAACAAGAAAAAAGAAAAAAGUUGUUAAGCCUCGGCGACUUAAGCCUUGCGUAUGUGGUAGCGACGUAUGUUUAAAAGACUGGUCUAGAUUGAAGGAAGAACAAUCUGAUUUGGAUAAAGUGCAAGAUAUACCACCCUGUGUAUGUGGGACCGAGGUUUGUAAAAGAGAAUUUGAAAACUUGCCUAAAAAACGAUUGCAAGCUUUGCGAAGGCAACGACAAAAAGAAAUUGAUGAAAAGAAACAAAAAAUAUACCAUCAAGCUAGAAGACGGCGUAGAAGAAAAUAUAGAGCGGCAGAUUUAAAACGAAUAAAAAAAAGAGAGGAUAUGGACAAACGUGAAAUGUCGAAAAUAAAAAACAUUAAAGCUGCUUCGCCUGUGGUAAUGGCUGUAGAAUCCGCAAGAGAUAUAGGAGCUUUUGGCUUUCGAUGUUUAGGUAGCACAUUAAGAAGCUUUUCUAGGACUAUCUGUCAUCCGAAAGAUGCUGUUUAUAAUGCAUACGAUACCGCACGUGCCAUCAAACGUAAACCAGCAACAGUAAUAAAAAAGAAAAUUCAGCAAGAUUACAAGGAAUCAGGCCUUAAGUCAACCGUGGCAAGAGUUAAGCAAAGAGCUGUACAGACGACACUUGGAAGAACUAUAAAGACUAGGAUGCAAGCCAAUCCUAUAACGAACUAUUUGGUUCACAUUACUAAUCCAGACCCUAAGGUACGAAUGGAUACGAUUAAACGGAAAAAGCGCCGUAAGCGUAAACGUGAUCAAGAACCUGUUGACUUCGAAUGUAGCCUUUAUAUGAACACUUUGAGGAGGAGGCCCUUCUUGCGGAUUUAUUACAUGUGUCCAUGGUUUUAUCCUCACUGCGUGAAUUUGUUUGGACUAUGGAAACAGUUGGCUAAUGUCCUUAUGUUCCUUUUAGCUGUGUGUGUAUGGAGCCCAUGUAUACUUUGUUUUGAGGCUUGUAGAGCUAUGGCGUGUUGCUGCAUGUGUACUGGAUACGAUAUGUAAAGAACAAGUAGUAAUUAGUAUUAUAUUAUUAUGUGAUUGC